UCUGCUGACAGUUUCAGGUUUUAACUCGACGUCUGAAGCUUCACUUUUUCUCCACGUUUUGUCUUUUUUCUGUCAGAGCGGAGCAGCAGCCAUGAGGAAACUCUGUGCGCUGAUUUCCUGUUUGUUGCUGAGCGUCGGCGCGGUGACGGCCCAGGCAGCUCAGACUCAGCCGGAGCGUCUGCUGCCUCAGUGGCUCACCGGCAUCAUCGCCGUCGUCGCCUUCCUCUUCCUCACCUUCGUCGCCCUCCUGGUGAAGAAAUCGUGGUGUGACGAGUCCCGCAGGAAGAGCAGCGUGGAGUCGGUGAGAGAAGAUGAGCUCGUCAUGACCAACGAAAACACCUACGAGACGACUCUGGACACGGUCAGGAAGAAGAGCAGCAUGGAGUCGGUGAGAGAAAUGACCAACGAAAACACCUACGAGACGACUCUGGACAUGGUCAGGAGCAAAGAGGACACAAACGCUUACGACAACCUGGUGAUGGACGGCACAGAAGACAAAGUCACCGCCAUGUGACCGUCCUGCACUGAUCCUGCUGGCUGAGG